AUGGCUCGUCAAUUCUUCGUAGGUGGUAACUUCAAAGCUAACGGUACCAAACAACAAAUCACUUCAAUCAUUGACAACUUGAACAAGGCUGAUUUGCCAAAAGAUGUGGAAGUUGUCAUUUGCCCACCAGCCCUUUACGUUGGUUUAGCUGUUGAACAAAACAAACAACCAACUGUUGCCGUUGGUGCCCAAAACGUCUUUGACAAGGCAUGUGGUGCUUUCACUGGUGAAACCUGUGCUUCUCAAAUCUUGGAUGUUGGUGCUACCUGGACUUUAACUGGUCACAGUGAAAGAAGAACCAUUAUCAAGGAAUCCGAUGAAUUCAUUGCUGAAAAAACCAAGUUUGCCUUGGACAAUGGUGUCAAGGUUAUUUUGUGUAUUGGUGAAACUUUAGAAGAAAGAAAAGGUGGUAUCACUUUGGAUGUCUGUGCCAGACAAUUGGAUGCUGUUUCCAAGAUUGUUUCUGACUGGACUAACAUUGUUGUUGCUUACGAACCUGUUUGGGCAAUUGGUACUGGUUUAGCCGCUACCCCAGAUGAUGCUGAAGAAACCCACAAAGGUAUCAGAGCUCAUUUGGCCAAGACCAUUGGUGCUGAACAAGCUGAAAAAACUAGAAUCUUGUACGGUGGUUCAGUUAACGGUAAGAACGCUAAAGACUUUAAAGACAAAGCAAAUGUUGAUGGUUUCUUAGUCGGUGGUGCUUCAUUGAAACCAGAAUUUGUUGAUAUCAUCAAAUCUAGAUUGUAA